AUGUUCUUCGAUUUUUUGGGAUCUAGUAUCAUCAGAAAAGAUUGGAGUAAUUAUUACAGCGGUGUUCCUAUAAUCUAUAAUAGCUCAACAUCAACCUGGGAUGGUAAUUACUAUGUUGUAAAUAAUGAAUUUGAGAACCUAUCACAGAAGGCUCUUCAAAUAUCUGCAUCAAGCAAUACGAAAGUACUUGUUGAAUACUGUUUCUUUUACAGUAUUUCGUCAUCUGGCUAUGGAGGGGUGAUAUAUUUAGGCUCCGCUGGAGAAUACGUUGGAGCUUAUUUAUGUGCAUCCAAAUGUAAAUGUGAUUCAUUUGGACACUUUUCAUUAACCUGGACUAAUGACGAUAAAAAUGCAAAGAAUUGGUGUAUUCAAAACUCCUGUUCGAAUUGCGGAACGUAUGGAGUUGGAUAUUGUACAGAAAUCAUGGAUUAUGGGGAUGGAAAGUUUGCUAAUUCUAAUUUAUCUAGUUGUCAAUCUGAAGAUAGAUGUGCCUAUAUUAAUGAACAAGCUUCGAAUAUUACUGAUGAUAAAUUUUGCCAAAUAGCAAAUAACACUGCAUCUUCUUCAUAUGUUGUGAAGCACUAUACUGGAUGUCAAAGAAAUAUGCGCUAUAUGAACAUUGUAAAUAACCAUAUUGCAAAUUAUAUAAUCUAUAGUGAACAGGCAACUGUAGUAAUUACAAAUUGCUCAUUAAUUGAUAACUCUGCAACAGAUGUUUUUUAUAAUUCCGGAGGUUCUUUUACAGUAAUAACUACAUAUUUAGAAAAUUCUGGAACCAUUUCAAACGAUGCAAACACUAUUUCAAUUUCAACAUCAUAUUUUCAAUUAAAAUUGAGUUUUUAUGGAAAAAAAUAA